CCCGCUGAGCGCCCCCUCAGCCCCCCGCUCGCCAUGGGCGUAGACUUCGACGUGAAGACUUUCUGCCACAACCUGCGGGCCACCAAACCCCCGUACGAGUGCCCGGUGGGCACCUGCCGCAAGAUCUACAAGAGCUACAGCGGCAUCGAGUACCACCUGUACCACUAUGACCACGACAACCCGCCGCCGCCGCAGCACACCCCUCUGCGCAAGCACAAGAAGAAGGGGCGGCAGGCCCGCGCCGCCAACAAGCAGUCCCCCAGCCCCUCCGAGACCUCCCAGUCUCCGGGCAGGGAGGUGAUGACCUAUGCUCAAGCCCAGCGCAUGGUGGAGGUGGAUCUGCACGGCCGCGUCCAUCGCAUCAGCAUCUUCGAUAACCUGGAUGUGGUGUCCGAGGAUGAGGAGGUGCCCGAGGAGGUGCCCGAGAACGGGAGCAAUAAGGAGAACACGGAGACCCCGAGCGUCCCGCAGAAAUCCGGCAAGCACAAGAACAAGGAGAAGCGUAAGGAUUCCAACCACCAUCACCACAACGCCUCGGCUGGCACCACUCCCAAGCUGCCCGAGGUGGUGUACCGGGAGCUGGAGCAGGACACCCCAGACGCCCCACCGCGCCCCACGUCCUACUACAGGUACAUCGAGAAGUCAGCAGAGGAGCUGGAUGAGGAGGUGGAGUAUGACAUGGAUGAGGAAGAUUACAUCUGGCUGGACAUCAUGAAUGAGCGUCGGAAGACCGAAGGCGUGAGUCCCAUUCCCCAGGAGAUCUUUGAGUACCUGAUGGACAGGCUGGAGAAGGAGUCCUACUUUGAGAGCCACAACAAGGGGGAUCCGAACGCCUUGGUGGACGAGGACGCCGUCUGCUGCAUCUGCAACGACGGGGAGUGUCAGAACAGCAACGUCAUCCUCUUCUGCGACAUGUGCAACCUGGCUGUGCACCAGGAGUGCUAUGGGGUGCCCUACAUCCCGGAGGGACAGUGGCUCUGCAGACGGUGCCUGCAGUCACCCUCACGGGCCGUGGACUGUGCCCUCUGCCCAAACAAGGGGGGGGCCUUCAAGCAAACGGACGACGGGCGCUGGGCACACGUGGUGUGUGCCCUGUGGAUCCCGGAGGUGUGCUUUGCCAACACUGUCUUCCUGGAGCCCAUUGACAGCAUUGAGCACAUACCGCCUGCGCGCUGGAAGCUGACCUGUUACAUCUGCAAGCAGCGUGGUUCUGGGGCUUGCAUCCAGUGUCACAAAGCCAACUGCUACACAGCCUUUCAUGUCACCUGCGCCCAGCAGGCCGGGCUCUACAUGAAGAUGGAGCCUGUGCGGGAGACAGGAGCCAAUGGCACCUCCUUCAGUGUGCGCAAAACUGCCUACUGCGACAUCCACACCCCGCCGGGCUCCGUGCGCAGGCUGCCAGCCCUGUCCCACAGCGAGGGCGAGGAGGAGGACGAGGAGGAGGAGGAGGAGGGCAAGGGCUGGAGCUCUGAGAAGGUCAAAAAGGCAAAGGCCAAGUCAAGGAUCAAGAUGAAGAAAGCGAGGAAGAUCCUGGCGGAGAAACGAGCUGCGGCACCCGUGGUGUCUGUGCCCUGCAUCCCCCCGCAUAGGCUCAGCAAGAUCACAAACCGUUUAACCAUCCAGAGGAAGAGCCAGUUCAUGCAGAGGCUGCACAGCUACUGGACCCUGAAGAGACAGUCCCGCAAUGGUGUCCCCCUGCUCCGCCGCCUCCAGACACACUUGCAGUCCCAAAGGAACUGUGACCAGGGAGGAGCCCCAGCACACGGUCAGGAAGGUGGAGAUGGGAACACAUCUCCCGUCAGCUCAUGGUCUCUGAUGUUCCCGCAGAGAGACACUGAGGAUAAGAACUGGGCCCUGAAGGAGCAGCUGAAGUCAUGGCAGCGCCUCCGCCAUGACCUAGAGCGCGCACGCUUGCUGGUGGAGCUGAUCCGCAAGCGGGAGAAGCUCAAGAGAGAGACGAUCAAGGUGCAGCAGGUAGCACUGGAGAUGCAGCUGACCCCCUUCCUCAUCCUGCUCCGCAAGACGCUUGAGCAGCUGCAGGAGAAAGACACAGGCAACAUCUUCAGCGAGCCGGUCCCUCUGUCUGAGGUCCCGGACUACCUGGAUCACAUCAAGAAGCCGAUGGACUUUCAGACAAUGAAACAAAACCUGGAAGCCUAUCGCUACCUGAACUUCGACGACUUCGAGGAGGAUUUCAACCUGAUCAUCAACAACUGUUUGAAGUACAACGCCAAAGACACCAUCUUCUACCGGGCAGCCAUCCGCCUGCGGGAGCAGGGAGGUGCUGUGCUGCGGCAGGCUCGCCGCCAGGCUGAGAAGAUGGGCAUUGACUUUGAGACAGGCAUGCACUUCCCUCACUGCGUAACGGCGGAAGAGGCUCAGGUCCAGGACAUCGAGGAUGAAGAUGUGCGGCUGCUGCUCUCGGAGAACCAGAAGCACCUGCCUUUGGAGGAGCAGCUGAAGAUCCUGCUGGAGCGGCUGGAUGAGGUCAACGCUGGCAAGCAGAGCAUCGGCCGCUCCCGCCGCGCCAAGAUGAUCAAGAAGGAGAUCACAGUCCUGCGCAGGAAGCUGGCCCACCCCCGGGACCUGGGCCGGGAUGGGCUGGAGCGGCACAGCUCCUCGGCCAGGGGGGGCCUGCAGUCACACAACCCCUGCGAGAAGGACCUGCAGACAGACAGUGCUGCCGAGGAGAGCAGCAGCCAGGAGACGGGCAAAGGUCUGGGUCCCAAUUCCUCUUCCACCCCAGCCCAUGAAGUUGGCAGGAGGACCUCAGUGCUCUUCUCCAAGAAGAACCCUAAAACUGCAGGUCCUCCAAAGCGCCCAGGCCGCCCCCCGAAGAACAGAGACAGCCAGAUCACUCCUGGGCACGGGAACAGCCCCAUUGGGCCCCCCCAGCUCCCCAUCAUGGGCUCCUCCCAGCGGCAAAGGAAGCGAGGGCGAAGCCCACGGCCCAGCUCCAGCUCAGACAGUGACAGCGACAAGUCCACUGAAGAUGCUCCCAUGGAUCUGCCAGCCAAUGGUUUCAGCAGCGGGAACCAGCCGGUGAAGAAGAGCUUCCUGGUGUACCGCAACGACUGCAACCUGCCCCGGAGCAGCUCCGACUCCGAGUCCAGCAGCAGCAGCAGCAGCAGUGCUGCCUCGGACCGCACCAGCACAACACCCUCCAAGCAGGGCCGAGGGAAACCCUCCUUCUCCCGAGUGAACUUCCCGGAGGACAGCAGCGAGGACACGUCGGGGACAGAGAACGAAUCCUACUCCGUGGGCACGGGGCGAGGCGUGGGGCAUGGCAGUAAGUGGGGUGGCUGGGGGCCAUCACUGUCACCCAGGGUGGCAGCAGCUGACUCUCCUCUAACCCCCCUCUCCUCCGGCACAGUGGUGCGCAAGGGCAUGGGCCGUGGUGCGGGCUGGCUCUCCGAGGAUGAGGAUUCCUCCCUGGAUGCUCUGGAUCUGGUGUGGGCGAAGUGCCGGGGGUACCCCUCCUACCCCGCGCUGAUCAUCGACCCCAAGAUGCCGCGGGAAGGCAUGUUCCACCAUGGCGUCCCCAUCCCCGUGCCCCCCUUGGAGGUGCUGAAGCUGGGGGAGCAGAUGACUCAGGAAGCACGCGAGCACCUCUACCUUGUCCUCUUCUUUGACAACAAGCGCACUUGGCAGUGGUUGCCCAGGACCAAACUGGUACCACUGGGGGUGAACCAAGACCUGGAUAAGGAAAAAAUGCUGGAAGGUCGGAAGUCCAACAUCCGUAAGUCGGUGCAGAUCGCCUACCACCGCGCCAUGCAGCACCGCAACAAGGUGCAGGGCGAGCAGAGCAGCGACUCCAGCGAGAGCGACUGAGCGGGGCCCCCCCGACGGCCGCUCCCCGCCGAAUCUCAGGGCAAACGGGGCUCGGGGGGGGGGGGGUCCCCGUGCAGCUGGUCUGCACCCGCCGGGCUUGGAUGUCGCCGUCCCGGUGCCCGCUCCCGCCGCGCCCCGCCGUUGCUGUGUUCCGGCUGCACACACGCGCCCCCCCCCAGCCCCCGGCCGGCCCCGCGUUCGGACGUUGUUUGUAUUUAUU